AUGGGCUCCGCGGCGCUCUCGGGCGAGGCAGCUGAAGAGGCGUACUGGCGGGCGUGGUUCUGGGACAAGGCCAGCGAGGCGGUCGAGGAGCAAUUCGCCUCGGCCGGGAAGCGCGCGCUGCGGCGCGUGCGCGAGUACAUCAAGGUGAACCGCGGCGAUGUCGCGCAGGGCAUGCCGAAGAAGCUUCGGAAGCACCCGCACUACGAGGCGGAGUUUGAGGACAUCGGCAAGCCGCUCGGGUGGAGGACGAUGCCAAUCUACUACCGCGGCGAGCGGCAGGCGUCCUUUCCGGCGGAGGAGUGUCCGCAGACGAUGGGCGCGCUGGGCAAGCUUCGCCUCGCGGGAGAGACUGUCGCGUUCCAGAGGCAGAGUCCGGGGACGGGGCUGCCGCGCCACGUCGACCCGUGCAGCUGGGUGGUCGCCUGCCAUGUCGGGAUGGUUUGCCCGACGGGGGAGGAGGGCGGCGAGACGCCCUACAUCUCGGUUGCGGGCGAAAAGUACCACUGGCGCGAGGGGGAGGUGAUGGUGUUUGACCCGUCCUUCAAGCACGAGACCUUCAACCCGACCUCGCAGGACCGCAUCAUCCUCAACAUCGACCUGUUCCACCCGGAGCUGACCGACCUCGAGUGCCGCGAGACGAUCCGGCUCAAGAAGGAGCUCUUCGGCUCCACCGAGGCGCAGGAGUGGCGAGGACCGGCGCCGGCGCCCCAGCGUAGAGGGCCGUGUGUAGCCCUCUUUUUGGUAUAA